AUGCAGCAGGCCAGCCCGUACUUCGAGGCUGGUGGCGAGGCGAACCUCCCCACCCCGGCGCCACCGCUGGAGGCGGCGCCGCUGGAGGACGUUGAGGCGGCGUCCGUGCCGAUCGAGGCGGCUCCGCUUGCUGUCAAGACGACGCCGGUGGUUGAGGCGCCGCUCGAGGCGACUGCAGUCGAGGCGAUCAGCGACAGUGAGUGCGCGGGAGACGAGGUGGUCGCCGUUAUGGAGGAGAACAGCGGGGAGACCGCGGUUGAGCCGUUCCGUCGGGCUGGCUCGGAGGGGCAGAGCUCGGGCGCGGCGCACCGUUGCGCAGAGUGCGGCCGGGCCUUUGACUCGCUCCACGGCCUCAAGGUGCAUCGCGGUCGCCACUGCAGCAGGACGGCCAAGCCACCGCCGCCGCCGCCGCCCGUGCCCAACGCGCGCGGCUUGUACGAGUGCGGCGACUGCGGCAGCGCGUUUGACAAACCGCACGGGCUCGCGAUUCACCGCGGCCGACACUGCGCCAAGGAGGCGAGGCCGCCGAAGCCCGCCAAGCCGGCGCCGCCCCCGCCGAACGCCGCCGGCCUCUUCGAGUGCGUCGACUGCGGCUCCGCCUUCGAGAGGCUGCACGGGCUGACGAUCCACCGAGCGAGGCACCUCCUGGACACUUCCUAG